AUGUAUGUAUCGCUGCCCAGCUCUCGGGCGGACGUACGUCGCCCUAACCAGCAGCGUCGCCGCAUUCCCAGCGAUGAGCGCGUGCGGCGCUGUCUGCCUGCUGCGCUGAGUGGAGGCAGUUUUCGCCGUCGAGAUGCUGCAGCCCGCGAGUACGACGUGCGACGGAAAUGCUACUACAGUUCCUAUCUCUCAGAUCCCUUGGCAGCAUGCCGCGGCCCGGCCGCCUGUCGCUCGCCGCGGAAUCGGCCACGGCGCUCGGGAAUCGCGGCGAUGCGAAUUAUGCCCAGCAACUGUGGUAAACACAGCGGCUUGCCUCGACUGAGUGCGCAUCCCGCUCGUGCUCCUGUCCUGCGUCUCGACGGCGUCCGAACAGUUCAUCUCGAGUCCUCGGCCGCGAAACAUGAAGAUGGGCGAGGGGCGCCGCCGACGCCUCUCAUGUCGAGUCCUUACCCCAUGCGCGAGUUGAGCGACGAGCACAUCCUUUGCCACCCAUAA